AUGGGCUCCAAUGUUCAUGCCAAGGAUCUGUUCGGGUAUAGCCCUCUACUGUGUGCGGUGAAGGCUAAAGCACUUCCUUGCGUGAUAGCUCUUCGCGAUGCUGGUGGCAUUAUCGACAUACCUCCGUAUAAACUCGGAGUGGAUCUCUGCCUCGCCGCAGCGCACGGCGACGUCGAACAACUGAGAUGUUGGGAAGCAGCAGGCAGCGAUCUGAGUGAGACUGAUUACGAUAAGAGGACUCCACUGCAUGUGGCGGUUACACACAAUCAGAUAGAAGCAGUACGAUUUUUGAUGGAGAAGGGUGUGGAUCCAAACGCUGUUGACGAGUUUGGUACGACUCCAUUCAGUGAAGCAAAGAGAAAAGGAUAUGAAGCGAUUUUGAACGAGCUAAAGACUGGAUUGUCUCGACGCACUAACCCUACAAUUUUUGAAAACGCUCACGAAAAUGAGGCGGCUCAAGAAAACGGCCCGUGA